AGUUUCGUUUGGGUUCUAUUUUGGAUUUGAUUUGAUUCACUUUGUUAAAAUCAAAAGUGAUUGUCAUUGAGAAGCACAGUAAACAAGAAGAAGAAGAUGGAAGGAAGAGGAAGAGGAGAAGAAGAAGAGAAUGGUAGUGCACCAGUUCUUAAAAUCCAAGUGAAGUUCAGUGGAAGAUCCAUACCAGUAUCACUUUCUAUAGAAUCAACCAUUAAAGACCUAAAAUAUCUUCUUCAACCUCUCACUAAUGUCCUCCCUAGAGGUCAAAAACUCAUCUUCAAAGGGAAAGUUUUAGAGGACACCAUGAAAUUGAAAUCAACAGAUAUUACAAAUGGAUCUAAGCUUAUGCUCAUGGCUUCUCAGGGUUUACAUCAAGGGGAUGGACCAAUUACAAAACAUGUGGUAUCUAGUGGUUCUGGAUUGAGAAAACCUUCCAAUGGUGGUGGUAAUGCUCAAAGAUUAAUGGAUAGUAAGGUUGAGGUAGCAAUUGAUAAGAGUAGGUCAAAACAUUGGAAGAUUACAGGAGUUGUAGCUUUAUCAGGUUGUCAAUUGAAGUUUAUACCUGAAGAAGUAUGGGGUUGUGGGUCUUCGAUAAGAGUGUUGGAUAUAAGUAGAAAUUCUAUUCGUGAAGUGCCUGCUAAGAUUGGUUCUUUAAGCUCUAUACAGAAACUGCUACUUAACGAAAAUAGCAUAUGGGAUGAAUGUAUUAGCUGGGAAGGUGUUGUGUCAUUAAAGUCUUUGACAGUUCUAAAUUUAAACCACAAUGGUUUAACUUCAUUACCUUCUGGAUUGGGUGCUUUGGUCUCUCUUAUGCAACUUCAUGUUGCAAACAACAAGCUGACUAGUUUGCCAGUUGAAAUUGGACUUCUAGCUCGUCUGGAAAUUUUGAAAGUAAACAACAACAGGAUAAGCUCAGUUCAAUCGCGUAUAGGGAAUUGUGUCUCCCUUGUCGAGGUUGAUCUUGCAUCCAAUCAUUUGGUGGACUUGCCUGACACAAUUGGGAGUUUACGGAAUCUUAAGGCUCUGCAUCUUAGUAACAACGGCCUCAAAUCCCUUCCUUCAACGCUUUUCAAACUGUGCACCCAGCUCUCAACUCUUGAUCUUCAUAACACGGAAAUCACAAUCGAUAUUCUCCGUCAGUUUGAAGGAUGGGAAGCUUUUGAUGAGCGUCGUAGAUUAAAGCAUCAGAAGCAACUGGACUUCAGAGUAGGAAGCUCUGGUGCAUUUGACGAAGGUGCUGAUAAGCAUUGAAAAAGUUCAGGAAGCCAUUUCCGGAUCCAGAGCUUGGAGCGGAUCUCUCAUUGUCCCCUGUUAAUUCCGGAAACAAGUUAUUACAGCUAUGUAUCUUAGAAGUACGAAAUUUUAGUGGUUUCUCUACUGUAGAGAGAGGAUGAAGAGUAUACCAGAAUGUCCAGGAGUGAACAUCAUGCUGGCCUCAUUUACAGGAAACUCAAAGUUGUCUAAGUUAGGCAUUUGCAUUUGCUUCUCAAUGGAUGGUUGCUUGGAACGAGAUUCUACACCGCUCUGAAAAUCUUCAGCAGGCUUCAUAUCCAUAUAUUUUGCAUGUCAAUGCACAGAUAAAUGUUUUGACCACGAGAAACAAACCAAGCGUAGAAAUGGAUGGAAUUAACUUACGGCAGGAUGGUUGGGCAUUUGCUUCUCAGUGGAUCGUUGCUUUGAACGAGUCCUAAUACCAAUCUGCGGAUCUUCAUCAGGCUUCAUAUCCAGAAAAUUUGCAUGUCACGCGCAUAGUACGUUUUGACUAUGGAACAAGCACAGGAAUGGGUGGAGUUAGCUUACCAGUUCCAUUGGAUUUCCAUCAACUGGUGAUACUGGUUCAGGUGGUUGGGGUCCUGAAGUACUUCCUGCAGAGUAAUAGAAUAUCAGUUACUUCCAUCUUCUUUGCGAGCAUUUAGGGAAAGCAAAUGACUGAAGACUGACCAGCAGGGGAAUCACGAGGUGGACGAAUCUGGAUGCUUCUCAUAUAUAGGUCUAGCAGAGGCUUUGGAUAAUAGAUCUCUGUGCUAUACUUUCCUGCUAAUCCCAUUACAAGUGCCACGGGAGGGAUGUCCAUGAGCUGUGCUAUCUUCAUUCUAGUGAUGGAUUUGGCUCUCUGCAAAAAAGAUCGAGUACAAAGGAUUUUUAGCUACAACGAAAAGACUGCAGACUCGCAGAGUCACUAAGUCUUGUUCUCAGUCAUAGAUUUUGAUAGAAGGCGGCAUAAUAUUAGAACCUUCUUUCUUCCUACGAGGUUGGAGGCGUCUUGAAGCCAGCUCUGGUAAACAGCACCUCCGAUGAUAGGUUCGAAAUCCAUAGCAAGCUGGACCGUUUUUCUUCUUCUCGUAUUCCCCUUUAUUAUCACUGGCUUAACGCCAUCCUCUUGUACCUGUUACAGAGUUACGUAUGCACUUGAAAAAUCAUUUCACGAUAAGUCAUUAGAAUGGUUUAAAGUGCUUAAUACUCUUUACCUGUUGAAUGUCAUCUCUAGGUUCAUCA